AAGGUGCACACGUUUGCGACUGAACUCGUGCAUCAACGUCAAAUCAUAACAGGGAAAAGAUGGCUCCAAAGACUUCGAAGGGAUCUCGAAAAAAGAAUUCUGUGGUGCAAUCCAAAGGCAAGGCUUUGCGACCAAAACAGAACAAGAAACCUGGCAGGGCAAAGCAGGCUUCUUCUCCAACAGGACCAGUGGCAGCUGGCAGAGCAGGGAAAGGCUCGGCUAGUAAAAAGAAAGCGAAAAAACGAAAGAAAGGAAAGAGGAAGAAAAGGAAAAAGAAGCGUCGAGCAAAACCAGACGUCUUCAGUGCAGUGGCCAUGGAGAACGCGUACUACAUUAGUCACAAUGCCGGUGACUUCCUAAGCUUUCGAGGCUUCAAGUGGACAGGCGGGAAGAAGAAGAGAGGCAAGAGCAAAAAGAAGAAGCGCGCAUGGUGAACGGGCUAACUGGCUUCAAAAAGCGACGGAAUAUGACGCGCCUGCAGGCCUACCGCGAAGGAGGCCAGGCCGGCAGGCGUGCUGGCCUCUGGCUCGCUCAUCCUCUGCGGCAACGAUGGCCGCAGCGCCACCACCGACGGAGUACGUCUGCAUGAGGAGCGAACGAAUCUGUGGUGA